AGGCUCCGCCUUCAUCAAUUCUGCCCUAUCCUUUUGCUGUUGCAAACACUGUGGUUGGUCCUAUUUUUUCGGGUUAAAAUGAUCCAUUCAAAACGGUGUGCCAAAAAAGGGAAUUUCUCUCUGUCCUGAGUCUGCUCAAUGUGCCCCAGGAGUACACUCUAUACCCUCCUUCUUGGUCCAGGAUACGCAUACAGAUUUUCUGGCCAUUUAGUUCAAACGCAUCACGCACUCUGCCAACAACCUAAAACGCCUUUUUUUGUUUGCAGAGAACACUUUUUAAUUAACUCAGGAUUUUCUUUAUUUAUUUAUUUAUUUUUUUAAAAAUUAAUAUUUGUCCGUUUUUUAACCGUCAAAUUCGGUUUUUUGGCCGGUUUUUCCAUGUGAUCAUCUUCCUUUUUUCUUUUUCGAUUUCGCCAAAUUUUAAAGUGUAUCAAAAAUGUUCAAUGUGAAUUGCUGGACGUGAGACUAUAUCACUCUGUGAUUAAUGGAUAUUCUGUGAACGUUCAGUGAAAAGUGAGGUUAAAAAAGAAAGAAAACCAAAACCAAAACCAAAAAAAAAACAGUGAUUAGUGAAUCAAGGGAGACUUCGACGGUCUCGUGGAUUGCAAUGGGGGCCACUGUGACGCCCUGGCCAGCUUCAGUGAUGGAUCGUACCAUAUCACUCGAUGAUAUGCCCCAUAAAGGUCACAGUGGGGUCAAUCAACUUGGUGGGGUAUUUGUUGGUGGACGUCCACUUCCGGAUUCCACACGACAAAAAAUCGUCGAAUUGGCCCAUUCUGGUGCCCGUCCCUGUGACAUCUCGCGCAUCCUUCAGGUGUCCAAUGGAUGCGUCAGUAAGAUCCUCGGCAGGUACUACGAAACCGGAUCCAUACGUCCACGUGCAAUUGGCGGUUCAAAACCGCGAGUCGUGUCCUCGAUAAAUAGGGUACUGCGGAACCUAGCAGCUCAGAAGGAACAACAGGCUCAAUCUCAGCUUCAGUCUCAGCCUAGUCAGGCUCAUGAUCUAGCACCUAGCAGUGAUGGAGUCUGUGACAAAUUGAGACUCUUCAAUGGACAUCAGGCCGUCCCACCUGCUCCAACUGGUGCCACAUGUUGGACCCGACCAGCUCCCUGGUACCCAACGCCCAUUGCAACAUUUUCCCUAGCAACAGCACCAGCUGGCAGUACCACAGUCCUCCCAGACACAAUCCUCAGUAGUAGGAGCCGCAAAGAAUUCGAAAGUCAGCAUUCGGAUGAAACUGCAAGUGGUGAAGGUGAAAAUUCAAAUGCUGGUUCAACACCUGGCACAGAUGAGGAUCAGGCUAGGCUGAGGCUGAAGCGGAAACUUCAGAGAAAUCGAACAAGUUUUACAAAUGAUCAAAUUGACAAUCUUGAGAAUGAAUUCGAACGGACGCACUAUCCUGAUGUUUUUGCCAGAGAACGUUUAGCAGCCAAAAUUGGACUUCCGGAGGCGAGAAUUCAGGUGUGGUUCUCAAAUCGACGCGCAAAGUGGCGUCGUGAGGAAAAACUGCGCAAUCAACGGAGAACGCCUCCAGGAGCAGGUGGUCAGGGAUCACAUGGUGCAAUGGAAGGUCAUCAGAGUGACUGUGGUGGCAUUGGGGACAUCCAGGGACCCCCAAGUGGUGGAUCACCACGUUUGAAUCUCAAUGCAACACCAUUUGCACCACCAAUCAAUUGUUCCAUGUACACAUCGCUCCCAAUGCCAAUGACUGAUACUUACAGUAUGUCACCAAUGGUUGGAUUUACACAUCAACCAAUGCCAUCAUCCCCAACGAUUGGUGUUGUAGCUGGAAGUGGAUGUCAGAGUAGAGAUUUAGCAUCACCGUAUCAAUGUCAAAUGGUUAGAACAUCAAUUGGACCCGUUCCACCGCUCCAUCAUGCCACUAGCGCCCCCACAAAUAUCGCCUAUGACCUUCCAUUGACCUUCUCAGCUGCUCAACGUCACUGUACCACAACCCAUUCAUGCUAUACCCUAAAUACAGGAUCACCCUAUCCACCAACAUCGGCAUCUGGGGUAACAUCAGGUGUUUCGAGCAGUCAGUAUCCUGAUUUGGUAUUUCCACCGACAGAUUCACGAUCAUGGUGCUGUUCUGUGGAUACAGAACCAGAUAAAGGACACAGAAGUAUCCUUAUGCCACACUGAGACCCAUCAUUUGUCACCAUUUAACCUCUAAAAUCAACAAAAAUAAAUAAAAAAGAAAUCCACAAAAGCAACUUUUUUGCAAAAAAAAAUUCAUGAAUUUGUGAAGAAAGAAAUAAAAGAAGAGGCAACCCAAAGAAAAA